CCCUGAACACAUACCUAACCUUAUUGCAUGCCUAGGAUAACCCUGUAUCGUCUCUACCUACCUGUGCCUUCAAUUGAUAGCGACAAAUGAAGCUUGCGAGAAAGCGACGAUGAUGUGAUUCGAUGGAAUCCUCGACGCCUAAGAAUAGACGAGAUGGCGGACGAGGACAUUGUGAACAAGAUCCGAGAGCUCGGAGACGUCGAUUUAGCAGUACUGCUCUGCCUCAUCAGCCGUGAGCAUUGCAUCAUCAGCACCGAUCCAGAGUAUCUCGACGACCUCACCGUUGAGCUCCAGCUUGUCGCAUCGCGCACGUUCGGCCUGAGCUCAGUAGUCGUGGACUGUACCCCCGAGACAACGCUUGACGACCUUGUCGUUGCAAUCCAGCUACCGCAACCCCAGCCACCGUCGAUACCAACACCUGGUCCCUCACCUCUGCAUGCUCGCAAUUCGGAGACCUAUUUCAAUGCGUAUCAUAGCGGUGGUAGCGCCGGCUUAGGAAAACAUCUGCAGCAACAUCACCAUGGAUCUCUCCGACCGUCUUCCCGCUCGCCGAGCGCGACUGCAGUCUCGCCGUCAAGGGCAUCUUUGCCUUCAGCUGCGACACAGCAACCCCAAAUCGCCAACAUAAUACUGGCUCGAAAUCUUGACGUCGCACCAAAGGCCGUACAAAUACAAUGUCUGGAGCUGAUGCGCACGCGGCGGAUUUUCACACGGACGGCCGUGCAAGCAUGUCCUAAGCAAUUCCUGCUCAUCGCCGUCCUAGGGUCCGAGAGCGCCGGCGAGGCGCGUCUAACGAAGCAUCUAAAUGACCAUUUCUAUAUAUCGCAUUGGCAGGAUCCCGAGGAUGGAUUCCCGCACAUGGAAGAAGAACAAGAAGGGGGUGUUAAAGAGGAGGACUAUCAAACUUUUGAUGACGACAAUGACAGAGGGGCCGUCGAGGAUGCUAAUCGAGACAAGGACGACGACACCGCCAGCCAGGCGAGUGCUGAAAGCGUCGUCCGCCGAACACGAGACUCGAAGACCCCGUCAACACCAGUACCACCAACACCAACUAUGUCCACCGGUCCAGAAUCAGGACAACAGCACAUAGUAGUAACAGACUGGGCGAUACCCACUCAAGGCGUUUCCCAUACAGCAGAUGCCCAAAACCGCGACAACAACAAUAAUUAUACUAGUAGCAGUGGCGGCAAUCCAAUCCACGGCCCAGUCUUCACCGAAACAGACAUAUCCACACUCUCAAGUCUCAGCCUCCAAGCCCACGUCGACAUUGAAGUCCAGCGGUACCAGAUGAACAUCAUCGCCUUCCUCCGCAUGCACCGUGCCGUAUCGCCAGGCAGCGUCCCGCCUACGGGAACGACGCACUUCCGCACGCUGAUCCGCGCCCUGGCGACGCUGCACGGCCUCGCGUUCGUGACGCCCGAGCUAGUGCAGCUCGCAGCCCGCAAGAUCUACGCGCACCGUAUAGUCAUCGUGCCGCCCGAGCGCGAGCGAAGCAUGCAAUGGGGAAGCGAUCUGCCCGCCGUCAAGGCGUUGCUCGAGGGCGUGCGACCCGAGGACGUAGUUGAGGAUGUGCUGGGCAUGGUGGAUGUUCCGCUAUAAAUCUUCACACAUUCAAACCCUGAAUGAAAGGCGGGCGACUAGCCAGCCGCUUCUACUAACGUGUAGUUGCUAUUGCAGUGUUGAUGAAUAUGGCCCAAGAUACCCCAUGAAUUAUAACAAUUAAUGUAUUUCACUUAGUUAUCAUAGAACGCGAGAGCAAAAACAAGCCAAGCC